UCGCACGAAAACAUUGGCGGGUGAGAGCUACUUUUGGGAGCUCAAAAGGAAACAAAGGCUGCGUUUUCACACAACCGACACCGUUUGGAAAUGACGGUGUGCAGCUUUUUUCUUCAGGGCCGCUGUCGAUACGGAGACAAAUGUUGGAAUGAACACCCGAGAGGAGGAAACAGAGGAGGAGGAGCAGGAGGUGGAGGAGGAUACAACAAUAACAACUAUAACCGCUCUUCUGGUCAGCAGCAGCAGAGAGGAGGAGGAGGUGGAGGGUUUGGAAACAGAGUUUGGGUGAAUCCUUCCCAGCAAAAAGGAGGCUAUAUCCAGCCUUCAUCUUUCUCCUCUCAUGGGAGUGACGACUGGGGUCGAGGGGGAGGGGGAGGAGGGAAUGACUGGGGCAGAGGAGGAGGGGGAGGAGGGGGAGGAGGAGGAGGAGGAGGAGGAGGAGGAGGAGGGAAUGACUGGGGCAAAGGAGGAGGUGGAGGAGGGAAUGACUGGGGCCGAGGAGGAGGAGGAGGAAAUGACUGGGGCCGAGGAGGAGGAGGUGGAGGGAGAAGAGAUAACGCAAAGUCCUCCGAAUUUAGCUUCUCUUCUCAAAACAGAUUUUCAUCACUUGGUACUCCAAGUACCUUUGACAGGGGAGGAAGAGGAGGAGGAGGACAGCAGGCGAUAGCUGGCGAGGAAGAUGAUGACAAAAAACUGGAGAUCAUCCAGAUGGACAUGGAUAUUUGGGAGAGUUCAGGGCAGUGGGGCUUCUCAUGUUAUUCUGUCUUUAAGACGCUUCUUUCUGGUUUUCCUGAUCUCUCUCCAGAGGAGCUCAGGCUGGAGUAUUACUCUGCAAGCGCUUCAGGAGAUCUGCAGAGCUACGUUAAUGGUAUCACUCAGUUGCUCAACCAGUGGAGAAGCAGAGUCCAGGAACUGAAGCUUAUGAAUCCAGCCACCCGUGCAGCUUUGCUUGCAGAGAUAAACAAUCCAGCACCUCAGGCAUCUUCAAGUGGCUUUGCAUCAACAACAGCGACUGGAUUUGGAUCCUCUACAUCCAGCUUUGAAAGCAAAGGCUUUGGGGCCCCAGCACCGGCUCAGGCCAACUCUUUCAGCUUCGCUGCUCCAAGUGGUGGAUUUGGUUCCUCAGCGCCACCAGCCUCCUCCACAGGUUUCGGCAGUGCCUUAGCAGACCCGACACAACCUCCCUCUGGCUUUGGUUCCUCCACUGCAGCCUCCUCUGCUGUUCCUGCUUCUUCUUUCUCCUUUUCUGAUUCGGCCACCAACAAGACAGCAGCCUCUUCAGGAUUUGGCUCUGCCUCUGGGUUCAGUUUCUCCUCGACAUCAAACACCGGAGGAGGAUUCGGGAGUGGUUUCGGGGCUGGAGCACCUGCUGCAGCAGGAAGCGGUACUUUUGGACAGGCGAGUGGAGGGUUCGGUACAACCGCUGCUCCACCUGCAGCAGCAGCAGCCGGCUCUGCCAGCGGGGCCUCAGACAGUCUGUUUUCACAGGACAGCAAUUUGACUCCAGAUGAACUCAAUCAGUUCAAAGCUAAGAGGUUCACCUUAGGCCAGAUUCCUUUAAAGCCUCCUCCAGUUGACAUGCUGGUGGUAUGAGGCUGCCGGAAAGUUCACACGAUUUUUGAAAAGAUGAUUUAUAAAAAGUAAAGAUUUUCCUUUGCAAAGCGCUUCUGUUUAAAUCAAAGUCAAACUCUUUUUUUUUUUUUGUUAAGGAUAUGGCUAAUGUUUAUAUACUUGGCAGGGAAAACUCACUUUGGUUCCAUUUAAGAUUUUUGUGUAUAUAGAAAGCCUGUAUUAUGUACAGCUAUAAUACACUGUUCAUAUUUUAAAAAUAUGUCUAAAGUGCUUUUUUGUAUGAUUGAAUAUUGAAUGUCUUUCAGGAUUUUUCUAAAUCGGUUGUUGAACUGCUGAAAGUAA